UACCUUUUUACCAUAGGCCAUGACUCUCAUAUUUACUCGUUUAGAUAUUGAUUUUUUUAUUUUAAAAAAUAUAUAAGAACAUAAAAACUCACCUCUUUGCUGUUUCUUUUUGAGUCGUAUCAACUGUGUUAGUUGUAUGUAUUGACUUCCUUGGAAUCUGACGUUUCCAGACGACACUUUUGUUAUUAUUAUUUUUUUUUUUCGACAUGGCCGCAUUGCUUACGAGUUAAUUUUUUUGAUGGAAAGUGUUAAUCUAACUUUACAUUUUAAUUUUAGUUUACAAAAUUGAGUCGUGAGUAAUGCGGCCCAUGUGAAUUUAUAGACUGAAGUUGGCAAAUUUAUGCGAUUUUCCCGGAAAACGUGAAACUGCGGUAGGUUUGGGCAUUUACUUGAGUGCUUUAAACAUCCGGUGUGAGGAAACGAUUGCGCAAUACAACUUGGCUCAUGUUAUGGAUAAAAAAUAUAAUCUUAGAUUUAUUCUAAAGUGUUCUUUAAUUUUUCCAAAUUUGGUAGGCCAAAAAUGGCAUAUUGUGGGUCAUGUUCUUUAUGGGGAAAAAAAUUGAAUACUUAUGUACCAUUCGGCAUAAACAAAAGGGAACAUUCUUGUCUUUAAUAAUUAAUGUCUUGUAUGCAAAGAACGUGUUAUAAUAAUUGAUUUUAACAAUAUUAAUGUAUUUAGAUUAACUACUUGCUGUAAUAUUUCGUGUUUGUAUUCAUUUAGGCCAGAAGUUAACUGCUUUGUGAACAAACAUUUCUUAAAGUUUGCUACAUAAAUACCAAAUAUUUAAUAAUGCGCAUAGUAAUAUUUUAGGAUGUGUCCAUGAUGUCGGGUGAGUAUUGUUCAUUUUGUUAUUAGACUUACCUUUCUCAAAUGUUCUUCGCACAAUAUCAACUUUGAUGUUACUUAUCAAUUGUAUAAUACUUACUGUGACGUCAUAGUACUCUUAUGUAUGUAGUCUUGCGUUACGUUGCUAUGACAGAUAAACACGACCGAAAAAGAUUUCUAGAAAGUGUUUAGAGUUUUUAAAGGUUUUAAUACUAAAAAGGAGACUUUAUACAUAUGGAAUUAAAUAAUUCAAGAUGGAGAGAAAACUUACAUAUAUUUCUUAAAUUCGAUCGAAGAAAGAAUUUUUCAGUUAGUCAGAUCUAUUUUUCUACAUUUUAAAACGCGUUCCAGCAUGUUAAUCACAGUUUGGAAGUAAUUUUUACGUCUUAUAUUACAAACAAUAUCCCUUUAAACGAUCAUUACAGAGUAUGCCCGUGUCAAUAGUAAGAAAAUCGUUCUGAUGGCGUGAGGUAUUCAGAUAAUCUAGACAAGAACUAAACUUGACACAGUUUGAGAGCGCGUUUUUCAACAUAUCGAAUGUAACUGAAUUCCUAUCACGAAUGCAUUUAAGUUGGAAGUAAAUUAAUGGGUUUUUCAUGCGCAUGUACAAUAUCGAAUGCAACUGAAUCCUUCUUACGAAUGCAUUUAAGUUGGAAGUAAAUUAAUGGGUUUUCCAUGCACAUGUGCAAUACGUCGAUCAUAAAAGGUGGUGACAAUUAUGGUUCUACUCAUGCCAAAGUAUUGUCUUGUCAAUAGAAGCCAUGCUCAUAGUCAAGCGUUUGACGUAUUUAGUGGAAGUGGGUUAAUCAUGUUGUGCAUAAUUUGAAAACAUGGAGUUUUAUUGCAGAUAUUACUUGUUAUAUAUUUUUCUUUUAUUGAUAAGUUACGCUGUUGCUGAAAAUAUCUGGCAUCUUUGCGUUUUUGGAGUUGUGAAUUGUACUUGCGAAAAUAUUCAACACCAGAUUAAAGUAGACUGUUCAAAGAAACAUGUUCAAAAUAUUCCACAUUUUCCAAAAAAUGUGUCCUGGAUUGAUUUGAGCGAUAAUGACAUUGAAGAAAUCAGCGAUCCUUUUCCGGAGACUGUGUCGUACAUAGAUCUGUCGCGAAAUAAAAUAAAAUCACUAAGCAACAAACCUUUCCGUGGAUUACGAAAUCUGAAAUCAUUGAAUCUGGAAGGAAAUAAGAUAAGCAUAUCCGAAUUAUAUCAAGGUCUGUUUGCAGACUUAUAUUCCUUAACUGAACUGAGUCUGAAAGGAAAUUCCCAUCCAGGUACGAGCGUCAUAGUGCAUGACGAAGUAUUUGCAGAGCUGAAAUCAUUGCAAAUUUUAAAAAUCGAUGGACCAAAGAACAUAUCCUUUGGAAAGGGGUUUUCCAAUUUAGCAAACUUAUACAAACUUGAUUUGUCUGGAAUUACGGGAAAUUGUUCAUUCACAAGGAUUCCUCAAGACAUGUUUAACAACACGCCUAAGUUAAAAUAUGUAGAUGUUUCAGCAUGCAAUAUUAUCGACAUUGAAGAAGGUGCAUUUGGAGUUCUACCUUUACUUCAAUAUCUUGAUGUUUCCCACAACAAAAGACUCGGAUUUGCUUCACUUCCGAACAUCACACAUAACCUUAACCAGACAUCUAUUGAUAUUUUACAUAUCAAUGGUAUUAUGUGUUUGACUGGAACAGGCUCUAAAAUCCUCAGACAUCAUCUGAUCAACAUAGACAAUACCAAUCUUACCGAGAUACACAUUGAAAAGAAUAGACUCGAACAAUUAGAACCAGGUGUGAUCAGAAAUUUUCCUAAAACAAUCCGAAUAUUUUCAAUGGGAGAAAAUAAGCUGACCCAAGGGAGAUACAUAAUUGACUACUUUUUCCUUGCAAAUCUUCGUGUUUUAAACAUAAGCGUUCAGUUACGACCUCCUCCAUAUCCAUCAUCCAUAUUUGAAGACUGCAAGGAGAAAACCGACGAAUAUGACUAUACUCGUACAAAUCCCUUUGAAGAACGAACACAUGUUACGAUCAAGGACUUUUAUACAAUACGGGAAACAUCGAUGCAAGAUUCAGAUUCAAAGUCUGAAAGAAAGCGUAUUUUCACAUUUUAUUUACCUAGAUUCUUAGAAACAUUAUAUGCAAAUGCAAGUCGGCUUUAUACGAAGAUUCCCGAAUUCGGAAUAAAUGGUUCUAGUUUACGUGAGAUUUAUGUACAGAACAACUUUUUCUACUCAUGGAAUGGACCUGUACACGGCGCAGAGGGAAUUCAAAUUCUUGAUCUGUCCAACAAUUUCUGUUUUUACAUCUCCCCACAUUUUCUUAAGUAUGGCACUGGUCUGAAAUCUCUUAAUUUAUCAGAGAAUAAUAUAGGUCAAAGCUUAUCGAGUGAUAAAGAAGGGAAAACAUUUGAAAAUCUCAUAUCUCUAGAAAAUCUUGAUUUGUCACAUGACAGCAUCAUGUCGUUAUCUGUUCAAAUGUUUAAGAAUAUGCGAAAGUUGAAGACAUUGAAUCUAAAAAAUAACCUGCUAUCGAUAUGGCGGGUAAACAUCGAACAUUUGAGAGAAAUCAAAUAUAUGAACCUCGCACAAAACAGAUUUACCACAAUUGAGGAAAGAUACCGACGCUCAUUUGAAACUUUAUUUCGAACAUCAAACCUUACUGUAGAUCUAUCGGGAAACAAGCUUCUAUGUUCCUGUGAUAAUGUAGACUUCCUGUCAUGGAUCACGCGUAAUAGAAGAAACUUCGCACGUUUUAUAGACUAUGAAUGCUCCUCGACAAGUUCUGAAAAGUUUAAUUUUACAAAUGCAGCUCAUUCAUUGGUGUCUUUGAAGGAAAUUUGUAAAUCAUAUCUUGUAAUAUACAUCGCGACGUCUGUCACUUUAGCUUUUAUUUUCAGUACAGUCGUUGGAAUAACUCUACAGAAAAAUAAAUGGAAAAUUCGUUACGUAGUAUUCAAAGCAAAGCAACGUUUCAAAAAAUUAGGGAGGUAUUCAAAUGAGUUUUCUUCAUCUUCAAUUCAUUACAAAUAUGAUGCAAUGAUUUCGUACUCAAGAAGUGAGCUAUCUUUCAUGCUUACGGAAUUUAUACCUCGAGUGGAAAAUAAUUCUAAUAUACAACUUUACAUCCGAGAUCGAGAUGAGCCUGCUGGAGUAGCAAAAGGUCAAGUCAUUAUGGAUGCGAUUCAGGACAGCAAGCGAGUGAUCUGCUUAAUAUCAAAAAGAUAUCUCAAAUCGAAAUGGCGAGACUAUGAAUUGAACAUGGCAAGAAUGGAGGCCAUAGAAGCUAGAGAAAAUUUAAAAUUCGUCCAGUUGGUUAUCUUCCCCGAAGUUUACAACGGUCAUCUUCCAAAAUGUAUUACUGACCUGGAACUGUGCAAAUGUGUCCAUGAAUACCCCGAGGAGGCAUGCGCAUAUGACGACUUCUGGGAAACCCUAAAAACCGUUAUAGAGGAGGAUUUAUAAAAUGUACUUUGUUUCUUUGAAUGUUUUGAAUUUUCAAGAAAGAAUAACAAGCAUUUAUUGACAUAUCUAAAAUAUAUUUUUCGCCACCGUCACUAUUUGAAUGUUUGCAUGGAGUAUAUAUUAAAGCUAUCUUUGGAUUA